AUGUCGAGCCAACCUCUUCUCCAGACCGCACCGGGCAAACGCAUCGCCCUCCCCACCCGGGUCGAGCCCAAGGUCUUCUUCGCCAAUGAGCGCACCUUUCUCUCCUGGCUCAACUUCACCGUUCUUCUCGGGGGUUUGGCGGUCGGCCUACUGAACUUUGGCGAUCGCAUCGGUCGCAUCUCUGCCGCCCUUUUCACCGUCAUCGCCAUGGCGGCCAUGAUCUACGCCCUCGUCACCUUUCACUGGCGGGCGCAGACAAUCCGGCAGCGUGGGCAGAGUGGCAUCGACGAUCGCUUUGGACCGACCAUCCUUGCUCUGGCGCUGUUGGCGGCCGUGGUGGUGAACUUUAUCCUGCGGAUUCGAGAUGGCGAGACCAACUGA